AUGAUACAGAGUCGUGAUAUGAAAGCCUGGUUCGCUGUUGAAGAUGGAUGGUCACUUCCAACAUUUACGAACAUCAGAGGAGAAACUGUAAUAAAGCCCUAUAAGCUGUGGACGGCUGAGGAGAAAUUAAAGGGAAAACAGAACGCUGAAGCUCUGUCUACUAUUUUCAGCUACUUGCCAAUGUAUCUGUUCGCGAUGGUGCAAGAGUGUAUGUCGGCGAAAGAAGCUUGGGGUCUUUUGGAAGCCUUCUCUAAGGAAACCAGAAGGGUGAAGAAGGAAAAAUUUGAUGUAUCACCAUCCUGUCAUUUCAACAGUAAUCUAAGCUCUCCUUGUCAGGAAAUUGUAGUGCUGAAGAAGGUAUACAAGGAUAAGAGGUUUGUCAAGGAAUUUCUCAGAAACUUAUCACAUGGAUAUCUUGCUUACAAAUCUGAUGGUAAAGGUGCUUUAAGUUCUGAUGAACAGAAGGUUGAUCAGGGUGUGAAAUUAGUUGAGACAUAUGAACAACAGAUGAGAAAGAACGAUCAGAAGGCUGAGGAAUCAUUCACUCUGAAGACUAUAGAAACUCAGACGUCUGUUCAAGAUAAUGAGGAAGAACUGAUCAAGAAGCAGUUCAGAAGGCUGAAGGGUGUACAACACUGGUUUAGACUUGAAAGAAAAAGCGUGCUGAAGUGUUACAAUCGUCAAGGCUGUGGUCAUACGAAAUCUUGUCUGACAUGGAGGGAUAUUGAGUCAGCGAAAGAAGAUAAUGAGAAUCAGAAGUCUGUUUUGAAGCCUAAGGAUGAUGUGGCUAGCUUAUCUGUUGAGAAACAAGUCAUCACCCUGUCUAAGAAUCUGAUUCUACAGAAGAAGGAGAAUUAUGAUCUGGUGUUUGAGAAGGAAGAGCUGCUUUGUAGAGUCUUCACACUUGAGAAAUUGUUGUCUGAGGAGAAAGUCAUUUCAUCUUUGUUGAGACAACGUCUUGAGAAUCAACUAAAGAAUAACAAAAGGCUGAGUUAA